AUGAAUGCAAGUGAACUUGGAGUCACUAAUGCUAUGACCAGACGUGGAAAGAAGAAACUAAGUAAGCGUUUUCACAAAGCCUGCAGGACCCGUUGGCUGUCCACCGAAAGAGCUAUAGAGGGGGUACAGAUACAGAUACAGAUAUUUCACAGAACACUCCCUAUCAGGGCUUUUCAGUGACUGGUUACAUUAUGAAUAGAUAGAUAGAACCGGACUGACGUGAAGCAGGGUCUAUAACGAUUUCGCAGCAUUGACACAAACGCUUCGACAGUUAAAGGAGAAUGACUCGGCAGCAAUUGGUCUUCUGAAACAAGUAGGAAAUGUCAAAUUCCUAGGUGCUGUAUAUUUGCUCAACGAAGCAAUCCCAAUUCUUGCCCAUCUCAGCAGAGCCUUUCAAAAAGGAGCUGUUUCGUUGAUGAAGGCUUAUGUUGCAGCUUUAAGGGAUAACAUUAACAAUAGACUUGAUGGAAGCAUCCCAGUCUUAACAGCCUUCAGAAUCUUCAAUCCUUUAGCUGUCCCAAACAGGUCGGAGCCAGUAUUUAAAGAGUAUGGUAUGAAGGAUAUUGUUAUUUUGGCAGAUCAUUUCUACCAAGAAAUGGAGGUCAAAGUCAAAGAUGAAAAAAAGAAGAGGAGCUAAUAUGCGAGUGGAGAAAGUUCAAAUAUAAUCUUCUGUCCAUCAAGGAUGAUAUCCCAGCCGAGAUACUGACGCCACCAGUGAAGAGGAAUCUGAUUGCCCAAACACCGACAGAAUGGGUGCUUGAAUACCUUAUGAAAAUGCGAGCAACUUUCCAGUAUCUUUUCCCUCUCCUGUUGGAAAUGGUGGAGUUGUGCUUGUCCAUUCCUGUGAGUAGUGCUUGGCCAGAACGAGGAGCUUCUUGUGUCAAGAGAGUGAAGACGCGCUUAAAGAAUGACAGGCUGGAAUUGCUACUCCAUAUUUCCAUCAACGGUCCAGGAGUAAAAGAUUCAACAGCAUUAAUCGAUUCUACUCUGAAGCAGUGGCUCGCAAAACCAAGGCGAAAGAUGUCCAUUGCAAAUAAACGACCAUCUAACACAGAAGGGAGGGCACAUUGUGUAGAUGUGUCCAUACAGGUUGGUUCUUCUGACACCUGUCAAUCUUCAUGAUCAGGAAAUGGAAGAUGAAUCGUUAUGUGAACAAGAAGAGUUUGAAGACAACGCUGGAAUGAUGGGGACUGAGGAAGAGGUGGAUGCUGCUGCCAACUUAUUUAAAUUACCAGCAGUAGAUCUGGAAGAAUACGACACCGACAGUGACGUCGAGGACAGUACUGAUAGUGAUUACGAUAGUUCAGAUUCAGAUUAA